GUUUGGAGGCGGAGCUAAAGGCCCGGGCAGGCUACAACGCGUGGGGAAGUGACUCCCGAGUAUGCUGCGCUGGGCCCGCACCUGGAGGCGCCCCAUAGUGGGGUUCGGCCGCUCCUGGCUCGGUUCCUCCAAGGUGCCCGUGGCACCCAACAGCAGUGGCCGAGACGGAGCCAGGCCGAGGCCUGUGCCGCUUUCCUACAAUCUCCUGGAUGGGGAGGCGAACCUGCCGGCCCUGGUCUUUCUGCAUGGGCUCUUCGGUUGCAAAACCAACUUCAACUCCAUCGCCAAGGCCUUGGCCCAGCAGACGGGCCGCAGGGUGCUCACGAUGGAUGCCCGGAACCAUGGUGACAGCCCCCACAACCCAGAUAUGAGCUACGAGGCCAUGAGCCAGGACAUCCAGGAACUCCUGCCCCAGCUGGGUCUAGUCCCCAGCGUCCUCAUUGGCCACAGCAUGGGAGGCAAGACGGCCAUGCUGUUGGCCCUUCAGAGGCCUGAGCUGGUGGACCGCCUGAUCUCUGUGGACAUCAGCCCAGUCGAAACCACAGCAGUGUCAGACUUCCCGGCCUAUAUGGCAGCCAUGAAGGCCAUUAACAUCCCAGACGGGCUCCCCCGCUCCUCUGCCCGAAAACUGGCCGACGAGCAGCUUAGGCCUGUAAUUCAGGACUUAGGCGUGCGGCAGUUCCUGCUCACCAACCUGGUGGAGGUGGACGGGCGCCUAGUGUGGCGGGUGAACUUAGAUGCCCUCGCACAGCAUAUGCGCCAGAUCAUGGCCUUUCCACCCCACCAAGAAAGCUACUCAGGACCCACCCUCUUCCUCCUCGGUGGAAACUCUGAAUUUGUGCGGCCCAGCCACCAUCGUGAAAUCCAGCGGCUCUUUCCUCACGCCCAGAUACAGACAGUGCCCAAUGCUGGCCACUGGGUCCAUGCUGACCGCCCGCAGGACUUCAUGGCCGCCAUCCGAGGCUUCCUCGCCUGAGUGGGGCUCCCAGGCCUUUCCCGGGCCCUGUGGCCGGUUUCAAUUCUGCGCAUAGAGACUCAGGACCUGCCCUGAGGGAGCUCUGGCAGUCACCUCCCCACCCCUGCAAGCUGCCCUCUCUCACUUGGCAAUGGCCUCAUCGCGCUCCUGGAGGGCUUGGUCCAGCGAGGGUUCGGUGCGGUGGUCCCCCAGUUCUUCGGCCACCCUCCACGCUGGGCUCUGGCACAAGAAGAGGGGGGAGAGCAGGGUUGGGGUGCCCACAGACACAGAGGCAACCCCCUCUGGGCCCUUCCGCCUAAGCCUGGAGAGGGGAGAAAUGCAGGCAGGCUCCCGGUCCAGAUCCUGCCUUGUCUGGACGGUAACUUGUAAGGGGGUGCCCCACCCCCCAAAAUUAAACGGGUUGGCAGGUGCCCAAGCUCCGAGGCUCGGGCCCUGAGACCAGGAAGAGGGUCGAGCUGGGUUUGAGCGCACACUUACCCCUCCGGGGCCCAGACCUAGAGGGUGGUGGGAUGACUGGGAGGCCGAUCAGUGGGGUGCGGCUGGAGGACAUGGCCCUUUGCCCUCCCUCCCAGGCUAGGCGAACCCGGGCUGUCCCCGCCCCACCUGUUUCCCCGCCCCAGUCUCAUGUCCCUACCCGGGCCGGUCGCUCCCGCCUCUCUCAGGAAGGGGGCGCUUUGCUGCCGUCAGAAGGACCCUGGCGCCCAGGAGAUCACACCAGCUUCUCCCCCUCUGGAGUUGGCACCUUGGAACUCCGCAGACCGUCCACCCAGGACACCUCAACAGUGGAAUGACAAGGGCCCCAAGACAGCGGAAACACUACUGGCCGGCAGCAGGAAGCCCGCAGCAGGGAGGGGCGCGGCUGGGGGACAAUGGGACAGUGGUGGAGCUCUGGGCUGUGUUAAGAGUGAAAACCUUACAGUUCUGUAAAUGAAGCACCACAAAUUCAAAACAAUAAAAUUUCAACAAGACACCUCAAAA